AUGUUAGCAAUGCAAUACUUUCGUAAGUUUGCGCUUCAAGAAUUCUUCGAACCUUUUGGAGGAAUGUUGAGUUCUUGGAUCGUCUCCGGUUCUUUAACUGUAGACCUCAAUAGCAUGAGUAUAGUUGAAGACGAAAGCAUUGAAUACUUCGUUGUAUAUUAUCCAUUCGCGCUGACCCCCAAAAUAUUCAGUCCAGCUUCAAUUCUUCGAUCUUGGGAAGAUGAAAAUUAUGUUGAGGUUAGUAUAGCCUCGAAUUUUCUAACUAUUCACAGAAUAUUCACUGAAGACGAAAUAGUUGUAUAUUAUCCAUUCACCCUGACCAAAAAACUACUUUGUUUCAAGGCUUGACUAGAAUUCUUUCGAUCUUCUGAGGAACUGUUGUAGAUGGGGACUAAUUUACGAUAGCAGGAACUAUAAAUGAAAACGAAAGUUAACUACCUGAAUACUUCCUUGGAUAUAUACCUUUUGUGUAUCAUAGGAUUGUGUGAAAUUUUCCAAAACAAACUGCGCGAUCUAUUGAUGUUUGCAAAGUAUCAGCUUAAGCAAAGUUUUGUUUCAUUAUGUAGGCGUCAGGUACUAUCGGUAUAAGUGCAAAUAGCCAGAAUAGCGACAUUAAUUUUUGAGGAUUGCGUGAUUCAGAUAUUAAUACUCCUCAAAGCCGGCUUUGCAAAACGGAAACUCGGUUAAGUAAAUAGCCAUUUUGACCACGUUUACAUCGGAUAUUGAAAGAAAAUGGCUACGUGGUGGAAUAUAUAUUAAACUGAACGCGACUUUAAUAAAGAAACUGGCUAAGCGAUCAAGUCAAAAAACUUGAUAACUUCUGCGUACACUGAAUGUUUAUCCAGCUACGUAGAGAUGUGUCUUAGGCCAAGUUCAGACGCCGAACUUUUCAUGAGCCGAACCUAUUCAAUAUAUUGAAUUAAGUUUAUGAAAAGUUCGGCGUCUGAAUCAAUUAGGAACGCCUGUUUCAAUUUGGAACUGUUCAGCCGUUCUUUCCGCCUAGCCCGGUCGGGAAUUUCGCCUUUGGAGCGACUUUGGAACGGCCUUGAUUCAGACGCCAAACAUAUCAUGUACCGAACCUAAUGCAUAAAUUAUUAUAACGUAUUUUGUAAGCAGUUUGACCGAAAUGAGCAUUUUCCGCCUUUUGAACUAAGUUCUGCUCGGCGUCUGAAUCAAUUCAGCGGGUCUAAAUAAUUUGGGUCGGCCUUAAUUCGAAUUAUGUUAGGCUCAUGAAAGCUUCGGCGUCUGCAUCGGGCAGUAAACGAGCCACUGGGGCGAACUGGAGGUUAGUUUUACCCCGUUUGAAACUCGUGUUUUAGCACUCGGCCUUUUGGUAUAAGUGUCAGCUUUUAUCCUGAAAAACUGAGUUUGAGUUGACAAAAAACGAACAUGAGGACGUGAUGGGCUCUAAUAUCACUGUAAAUGCCGCGACCGUUCACUAGUACGGUAUCAAAUGACUACGCAUCAGUGCAUGGGUAAUUACUAAAAUCAUUACACUACUGCUGACGGUUCGACAUCCAAUAAGAUAGCUUUUUUGUACUUACAUUGUAGGAUCAGCAGCCAUUGACCAAUCAGAAAGCUCUCCUACCACGACAUCAUCGGAUGACAUCACCGUUAACCAAUAACAAACUUCGUCUUUGCUGA